GCGGGAGGUCGCAGCGAUCCUCCCCGCCGUCUUCACGCGUGAUAAACCGGCACUUCCGGCGCCUCUCUAGCCCCAUCCGCCUCUGUGGUUCCGGUCUCAGGCCGUCGGUCUCAGGGUGAAAGUCACUUUCAGGAAGAGCCGCCGCCCGGAACAAGAAAAAUGGCUGACAGCAUCCAGGCCAAGCUGGACAACUACAAAACUGCCCCCUUCGACAGCAGGUUCCCGAAUCAGAACCAGACCCGCAACUGCUGGCAGAACUACCUCGACUUCCAUCGCUGCGAGAAAGCCAUGGCAGCCAAGGGAGCCGACACCACAUGCUGCCAGUGGUACCGCCGUGUAUACACGUCCCUCUGUCCCAUCUCUUGGGUCAACGCCUGGGAUGAGCGCCGGGCAGAAGGGACCUUUCCCGGCAAGAUCUGAUUGGCUGGUGUUGGUGCGUCGGCCACUUGUGCCCCCUUGCCCUGGGGCACAGUGGCUCUGCUCGGGCCCUCGGUUUGAUGUCUCCGGCCGAUUCUUUGAUUGUCUUUGUCUUCGGUCCCAUCUGCUCGAGAGUUCGGUGUCCUACGAUGGGGCAGAGUCUGGGCCUUGCAAACUCUGAUGAUAAAAGUAAAGGGAUGAAACCUA